CGGUACUAUGGUGGGUUCUGGAUGGAUUGUCGGAACAAAUAAAACAAGUGACGCAAGGGAGUUGAUAUUGUUCUACUAGGUACGUCGCGCAAGUUAGCAUUGUAAUCAGCGCAUGAUAAUAUUGUGCGGGCCUGGUCUCUUGGGCAAGUCCUCUCUACUGUACUGGUAACCUAAUUCAUAUUGUACUCCCGCAAUCGGAAUCUGGAGCUAACCCCGCAUUGGAGCUACAAGCUCCCUGCGGCUUGCUACGGUAACUCCCAGGUACGGUACUGGGACUGCUUCUCCACCAACUAACUCGAAGCAAACCGCAAAAAAAUAACUUGAGACCAAGUUCAAAGUCUAACGGACAAUACAGCAACGGAGCGCGCAAGAGAGAACAAUGCCACCGAAAGCAAAGGCUGCCCCCAAAGCCAAAGAAUUCGAGAAACCCAAAGAGGCGCCUCCUCCACCGCGCACCCUCAACGAACAGAGCCAUCAGAGGUACGAGCUCGCGCACCCGCUCCACGAGGCCUUUCAGAAGGUCGGCAUCAGCGGCCUAUCGGCACCAGAACUCCAGCUGUGGACGAGUGCGCAGUACUGCCGUGCGACGGCGGCGAGCUCAGGCACCGCCCACAAGAAGCAGCAGCAGCAGCUCGGUAACAAGGCCCACCGCGAGACGUGGCGGACCUUCAACGAGGCGUCUCUACCCCUCCGCGUGCCCAAGAAGCCCACCUGCUGGGGCAAGGACUUCGCUGGACGGGACGUCGGGGAGCUGUCCCUCGACCAGUUCCGCGCGAGGUUUGAGAAGCGCGCCAGGCUUACUUGCCUGUUGGCUGCCAGGGAGACGUCGUCGCCGCAGUCGGAGCCUGAACUGAUCAAGGAGAAGCGGAGGAGGCUUGAGAUGGCGACCUUGAGGAGCGAGCUCUACGGGGAGCUAGUGGGUAGCUUGGCGAGGGAUCCGGCGUGGGAUGACGUCGUGCCAAUCCCUUUGAACGAGCCGGAUAAUGCGCUGGCGGCUAUUGCGUACCCGGACGAUUAUGCUGAAGCCAUAUCAUAUCUCCGUGCCGUCAUGGCAAGCAAGGAGUACUCACCGCGCUGCCUCAAGCUCACUGAGCACAUCAUAUCCAUGAACCCAGCACAUUACACCGUCUGGCUGUACCGUUUCUCCAUCAUCAAGGCCCUCGGGCUCGCUAUCCCGGAUGAGAUCCAAUGGCUGAACAGCGUCGCACUCCAGCAUCUCAAGAACUACCAGAUCUGGCACCACCGCCACCUCCUGAUAGACAACUACUACCCCAAGAUAGCAGACGACAAGGAGCAGGUCGCCCGGCUGGCGACGUCGGAGCGCGACUUCAUCACGACCAUGCUGGCCGAGGACACCAAGAACUACCACGUUUGGUCGUACCGCCAGUUCCUCGUCAGGCGGCUGCAGGCGUGGCGCGACCCGGAGGAGCGCCGCGCCGUCGAGGGCCUGAUCGACGACGACGUGCGCAACAACUCGGCCUGGAGCCACCGAUUCUUCCUCGCCUUUACUGACCCGGAGCAGACCACGGCCGGGUCCCAUGCCACCGAGGCCGACCUGGCCGUGCCGGCCGCCGUCAUCGACGAGGAGCUCGCCUACGCCAAGGCCAAAAUUGACCUGGCGCCCCAGAACCAGAGCCCUUGGAACUACCUGCGCGGCGUGCUGGUCAAGGGCGGGCGGAAGCUGGCGAGCGUGGAGGAGUUUGCGUCGGGGUUCGUGGCGGACCUGGGCGACGCCGAAAAGGAGGAGGUCAGGAGUACGCACGCCCUCGACCUCCUGGCUGAGAUAUACGCCGAGAAGGGGGAUAAGGAUAAGGCGGCUUUGUGUCUGGAUAGGCUUGGGGACGAGUGGGAUCGGAUACGCAAGGGUUACUGGGACUGGAGGAAGAAGACUUUGACGACGGCUGUCUGAACACGGCUUUAAAUUACAUGACUUACUUGAAAGCACGUCACGGGGUUCCCAUAAGAAUCAAAGGGUUUCAAGUCGGGUAUUUGAUAUUUUGUAUUGCUGUGUAUGGAGAUGAAAAUUGGUCCUGCUACCCUCCGCCUCUAUUCUAGUCUAGAUGGUAGGUAGCUUCAUCAACUGCUUUUGGGCAAUGGAGUUGUUCC